AUGGCUGAGGAAUACACUCUUAGAGAGUAUGCCGCCCCAUCUACAGAUGAGCCACACACUAUUAUUGUGUAUCUGGUGGUUGAAGCAAAUUAUUUUGAAAUCAAAUCUGCACUUCUUAAUUUAGUGCAACAAAAUCAAUUUUCCGGAUCACCCACUGAGGAUCCGAAACUUCAUAUUGCUACUUUUCUAAGACUCAGUGGAACUUUGAAAGCCAAUGAAGUGACCCAAAUGGUCAUAAGGCUCCACCUCUUUCCUUUCUCUUUAAGGGAUAGAGCGAGUGAAAGGUUUCACUCUUUGCAAAAUGGUUCUAUUACAUCAUGGGAUCAGCUGAGGCAAGCAUUCCUUGCCCGAUUCUUUCCCCCCAGUAAAACUGCUCAAUUGAGGGAUCAUAUUACACGAUUCACUCAAUGUGAUGGGGAAUCUCUUUACGAUGCUUGGGAGCAUUUCAAAGAAAUGCUUAGGAUUUGCCCCCAUCAUGGUUUAGAGAAAUGGCUGAUUGUCCAUACUUUCUAUAAUGGUCUUUUGUAUACCACAAAAAUGAUUGUUGAUGCAGCUGCUGGUGGAGCUUUGAUGAAUAAAAAUUACACAGUAGCAUAUGCUUUGAUCGAGGACAUGGCUCAGAACCACUAUCAGUGGACAAGGAAAAGAGCCAUCACCGCUGUUGCUCCUACACCCUCUAAGAAAGAGGCAGGUAUGUAUGAAGUUUAUGCCCUUGAUCAUCUAUCUGUUAAGGUGGACGCACUCUUUCAAAAGUUUGAUAAAUUAACUGUUAGUUCUGUCACACCCCCACCCGCUUCACCACCUUGUGAAGUUUGUGGAAUGUUUGGUCAUAUAGGCGUUGAAUACCAACUAGGUAGUGCCGUUGAAAGUCCUGAGCAAGCAAACUAUGCUCAAUAUAAUCAAGGAUUUAAGAACAAUAAUUUUUUUAAUAAACAUCCUCAAAAUCCUUUUGGACAACAAACAACACCAACUGAUUUUGCAAACAAUCAAGAGGUCCUAAAAAAUCCAACUUGGAACUUUUGCUAG